UCUUGGAUGCUUUGUUUACAUCAGCAAUGAGAUAUUCAUGCAUAGUGCCAACCAAAACUUCCUAGCUAAUUGUAACUAUGAGUGUACAUGUCGGGCAAUCUUUAUCAUAUAUUCAUAUGUAUAAAUGUACAUCAAUUGUAGUGUGUCUACACCUAAUUUGAUAUUGAUGACAUGAUGUUAUGCAUAACCAUAUCAUUUGCCGAUUUUUUUGACUUUCAUUUCAGCACGUGUGUAUUGUUUCUUAAUUGCCUUAUCCAAUCCUCCCAUGGACCUGGGGGAACCAAGUAACUGCCCAUGUUUUAUCGGGUUUUCUGGGGUACAUCUCCUUGUUCUAAAAGAACUACUAUAACCUUAAUUUACUACUCCCUCUGUUCCUAAAUAUUUGUGUUUCUAGAGAUUUCAACAAGUGACUACAUACAGAGCAAAAUGAGUGAAUCUAUACUCUAAAAUAUGUCUAUAUACAUCCGUAUGUGGUAGUCCAUUUGAAAUCUCUAAAAAGACAAAUAUUUAGGAACGGAGGGAGUAGAACAUACAAGUAAAUCAACUGUGUGCUGUUAUUAUUUCACUAUGAAAUAGAACAUGUAUCAAAGCAUGCUCAGAAGUCAGAGUGCAUACAUGAUCUGCAAAAAUAUGUUAACAUGCAUGCCAUCAAAUAGAACAUGCAUUUCUAGUUUAGAAAAAUUAUUCCUCCUAGUUAGCAAUAUAUACUGCUCCACUGGAAUAACUAAAACCUCUAAAGCUCAGCAAAUUUAAUUUUAAAGUGCAAUUUCUCUCCUAUUAUUUGCAACCAAUUCUGUCCCUAUCAAUUGAUAUGUGUUGUUCUUUGAUUUUGACUAUGUGCAAGCAUUAUCUGAAAUGGUCAAUUGAUCACAUGUCUAUAGUGAUAUCAAAACAAAGAAAUACUGCAUCUUUUUUUCUAGUUUGUUUCUUCAAGGGUCAAUCACGAAAAUGAAGUUCACUUAGGAUUGCAAAUACAAUUACUAUUGCCUCAGUAAAUUUUGUGUGGCCAGUUCUCAUUAAAAAUAGUAACAAUGACGUCGAUUAACUCAUCCGUGUUCAGAAAGUUUAUAAGUUAACAGUAUAAUAUCUAUUAAAUCAUGUCUACGGAGCAAAAAUUUGACAGUUCAACUGCACAAAACAAAAUGCACUCUAAUACCUUUUGAAGUUUAUGUAUUGAUAUAUCAUACUCCUAGUUAAAUUACUGAAAUAAUAUCGUAUUCUCCCCACUUUUACAUUAGCGUUUCGAAAGGAAAUAUAUUAUAUGUGUGCUUACGUAUCAUAUGUUGAUUACUUGCACGAACAAGAAGCAAAUAAAUGUUAUUAUUAAUUAGCUCACUCCAUAAGAUUGUAUCUUCCAUUGAUGGCAUAUGAAACUGUAUCCAAAAGAUUGUAUCUUCCACUAAUGGCAUAUGAAAUUGUAUCUUCCUUCCAUUAAUGGCAUACGAGACUGUAUCCAAAAGAUUUUAAUUAUAUGUAUAUAUCCAAAAGAUUUUAGCAAUAUUCAGACGAUAAAUGAGGCAUAUCUCUUAAUGAGCAUAAUUUUGUCCAAUCUGUACAUAUAUAUCCGUCCAAUCCCACCAUGAACUGCACUAAAUGCAUUGCGAUUUAAUCUCAUACAUCACAUAUCCUUUCUCUAUAUAAACACGCACACCCUCUUCUCAUAACCAAACCAAGACCUAUCACUCCCACCAUGGCAAGUAACAAUCUGCUUGACUGGCCAGAACCCAUUGUACCAGUGCAAACUCUUUCCAACUCUGGUACGAGCUCCUUGCCACAACAGUACAUCAAGCCUCCAUCUGAGCGUCCUAGUGGUGUCACAAAUGACCCUAAUCUCAGUAUCCCAGUUAUCGAUCUUGCUAGCUUCUCUAAUACCCCUGAACAUCAUCAAGAAAUGCUAAAAGCAAUAGCCUCUGCAUGCAAGAACUGGGGUUUCUUCCAGUUAGUGAACCAUGAUGUGGACACGGAGGCUGUGAGGAGGAUGAGAAGUGCAUGGAGGGAGUUCUUUGACCUCCCCAUGGAAGAGAAGAAGGUACAUGCCAACUUACCGGUAACAUAUGAGGGGUAUGGGAGCCGCCUUGGAGUUGAGAAAGGGGCAAUCUUAGAUUGGAGUGACUAUUACUUCCUUAAUCUCUUCCCAAGUGAUAUCAGAAACCUUGACAAGUGGCCAAAGAUUCCUACUGACCUGAGGGAAGCCACUGAGAAGUAUGCAUGCCAACUAAUAAGUCUCUGUCAAGUCUUGCUCAAGGCUAUGUCCAGUAGCUUAGGGUUGGAGGAGGACUACCUCCAUAAUGCUUUUGGUGGCAGUGAUGGCAUCUCGGCUACCAUGCGUGUGAACUACUAUCCAAGAUGCCCACAGCCUGAGCUCAUUCUUGGUCUCUCAUCUCACUCUGACCCCGGUGGCAUCACCUUGCUCCUCACUGAUGAUAACGUCGAGGGGACACAGGUACGCAAGGGAGACGCAUGGGUCACCGUGCAACCAGUCCCAGGUUCCUUCCUCGUAAACGUUGGUGAUCAGAUUCAGAUCCUGAGCAACGGGCGUUACAGGAGCGUGGAGCACCGCGCGCUGGUCAACUCGGACAAGGAGCGCUUCACCAUCGCCUUCUUCUGCAACCCUCGAGGCGACCUCCCUGUCGCUCCGGCGAGCGAGCUCGUCGGCCCGGGGUCGCCGGCGCUGUACCAGGAGCCCGUCACCUUCAGCGACUACCGCAAGUACAUACGCACCAAGGGCCCCAGCGGCAAGACGCAGGUGCAGUCCAUCAGCAGCACCAUGCAGCCAGGGCCUGCAGCUUGAUCCACCAUCCCUUCUCAGUCAGCAUGGAUAAAUCAUAAUAAAUGUAUCAGCACGGACAGCGUUUGAACCUGUUGUUAUAGGUUGCCAGCAGUUGGGAGAUAUGGGCGUCGUGCGUGCACGUAAUUUGUUUGUACAAUUUGGAUCCUUGGUAUUGUAUCUCAAUCAGUGUGCCUUCCAUUUUA